AUGGCUCUAAGCGGGGACAUUGAGACCAAACGUCCAACUGGGCCGCUCAGCAACGUGGACUUGCCAGACGAACUCGAAUUUUCAGCCGCUUCCAACCAAGGGGGGUUGAAGCGGAAAUUGCCGGUCACGGUCACCAAUGAUAAAGGCGAAGAAAACAAACCACAUUGUCCAGAGCCAUAGCGCAAUGACAAUUGCUCAGAUUGUUGGUCAAAUGGUCGUUGGUUGGAUGACAAGGCCAUCCAUGAUGUUCUGACACCUCUGGUACUUUGCGGGCCCGACUUUCGACCAUCGACCCCGUUCUCGUCGAGGAUGACGGCAAAUAUUUUGGGAAGCUUCACACCCCGCCGAGCUCCAAGCGCCAGAGGCAAAAUCUUGGUGGCCAUGAACAUUCGAAACGAGCACUGGGUUCUGGGACACUUGGACAAAGACACCCACAAGGCCGUCAUAUACGAUUCUUCCGCUUCCCAGUCAUAGCAUGGCUCUGCCACGAGGCCGAUCGAUCAUUUCAUCGGCCAGCAUGAACUAGGAACUGAAUGGUCAGUAGAGGUCGGAAAGUGCGCACCCCAAGCAGACAAGCACGAUUGUGGCGGAUUUACACUUGUGAACGCGGUUCAUAUCGUCACCGGGAUGGAGCUACCGACAGAAAUCCAUGGUGACCUUUGGAGGAAGGUCCUCCCCUUUUUACUUGGCAAGGAGCCGAUGGGCGAUAACUUUCCGGAAGGAAAGGAUCAAGAUCAUGUUGUUGACUUUGGCACAAUGGAAGUAAUAGUCUCGUAUCACCUGACAUCCCAGAUAGUAGAGCAGACAUUGGAAGCGUAGGAACAAAUGGGAUUCUAUGUGAACGAA